UUGUGCUGACAUAUCCCACAAUUGUGUUGUAGUAUUUGAACGCAUCACAAAAACAUAACUCACACUUGCGUUGUGACUUUUCUUCGUAAUAAUUAGAGAUUUCUAAGACCAAAUAUAGAAGUGUUUUUGCCGAAGAAACUUUUUUUUGUCUCGCCUAACGACUAAUUUUCCUUAAGGUGUACCGAACAGUUGGAGACAGUAGGAGGCGUCCCCCUCUGUGUCCUGUUUCCCGUUAGCCCGUCAAGCUGCAGUAUCCCAAUCCUGACAUUGCGGUGAUGGAGGCUGUUACGGUUUAGCUCAAUCUGCUCGGAAAGCAGAAACGGCAAGGUUUAAGUGCUCUGUUAUGACAACGUGUCCAUUUUGUCCAGGUGGAGGCAGGAGGUGUGAGUAGAAAGCAUUACACAUCAGCAGCAUGUACUCCGAGUGGCGCUCGCUGCAGUUGGUGGUGCAGAGUGACCAAGGCCACCUCAGUGUCCUGCACACCUAUCCCACCAGUGUGGGUACAGAGGUGGCUAAUGCUGUGGUCAAGCCUCUGGGCACAGCCGUAAGCCCCGUCGCCACAGAGAACAUCCUUAAAACAGACAAAGAGGUGAAGUGGACCAUGGAGGUGCUGUGUUAUGGCCUGACCCUCCCUCUAGAGGGGGACACUGUCAAACUGUGUGUGGAUGUAUACACAGACUGGAUGAUGGCUCUCGUGUCACCCAGAGACUCCAUGCCACAGCCUGUGGUGAGGGAGCCCAACAUGUACGUUCAGACCAUUCUCAAACAUCUCUACAACGUCUUCGUACCGAGGUCUGAUCAGCAUAGUCUGAACCACAUCAGGCUGUGCCAGCAGGUGCUGACUGCUGUCCAGAAACUGGCCCGCGAGUCUGGCUCCAUGGUGAGAGAAACCUGGGAGGUGCUGCUGCUUUUCCUGCUUCGGAUCAAUGACACGCUGCUUGCCCCGCCCACAGUCGGAGUGGGUGUUGCAGAAAAGUUGGCAGAGAAAUUGAUGUCUGUGCUGUUUGAGGUGUGGCUGCUGGCGUGCGCCCGCUGCUUUCCCACGCCGCCGUAUUGGAAAACAGCCCGGGAAAUGCUGGCUAACUGGAGACAUCACCCCCCUGUUGUAGAGCAGUGGAGCAGAGUGGCCUGUGCUCUUACGUCCAGACUUUUGCGGUUUACCCAUGGUCCAUCCUUCCCACCUUUUAAAGUUCCUGAUGAUGAUGCCAGUUUAAUUCCUUUAGAGAUGGACAGUGACUGUGUGGCACAGACGUGGUAUCGGUUCCUUCACAUGAUCAGCAACCCAGUGGACCUGAGCAACCCUGCGAUAGUGAGCACCACUCCAAAGUUUCAGGAGCAGUUUCUCAACUCAAGCGGGAUCCCUCAUGAAGUGGUGUUGCACCCGUGUUUGAAACAGCUUCCCCAGAUCUUCUUCAGGGCGAUGAGGGGCGUUAGCUGCCUUGUGGAUGCGUUCUUGGGUGUCUCUGUUGAAAAGAGAGACGUACGGGAGAGGGUGUUCACUUUUUGUCCAGUGCUGCUCUCUCAUGGUAUAUCGCGUCCCAGGGCCGACAGUGCUCCGCCCACCCCAGUAAACAGAAUGAGCAUGUCCCCGCCCCCCUCCAUUGCCAACACUACACCCCCUCACAGCCGCAAACAGCGGCAUGCUGGGGUCACCAAAACCACAAGCAAGAGUUCAACUAGCAGCGGCAGUCAGCCUACCAAAGCGUCCCAGCAGCAGCAACAGCAGCAGCAGCAGCAACCCUCGUCCUCCCCAACUCUGCUUUCGAGCCCCAACCAGAGCGGUUGGGAGUCUCGGCCGCUUCCGGCCCCGGCGCGGCCAAAGGUCAACAGCAUCCUCAACCUGUUUGGCCAGUGGCUUUUCGACGCCGCCCUGGUCCACUGUAAGCUGCACAGCGGCCUGAGCCGGGACCCCAGCAUGACCGCAAUAGCCACUCAGGUUGGUUUGGAGCUAAGAAGAAAAGGUUCCCAAAUGUCCACCGACUCCAUGGUGCCCAACCCAUUAUUUGAUAUUAACGAGUUCCCAGAGAGCUACGAAGCAGGACGAGCUGAGGCCUGUGGGACUCUGUGUCGCAUCUUCUGUAGCAAGAAAACUGGAGAGGAGAUUCUCCCUGUCUACCUGUCCAGGUUCUACAUGGUUCUGAUCCAGGGACUCCAAAUAUCAGAUUUCAUCUGCAGGCCAGUUCUGGCCUCUAUCAUUCUCAACUCUUCCUCUCUCUUCUGUACUGAUUUGAAGGGCAUCAAUGUUGUCGUGCCCUAUUUCAUAGCUGCUCUGGAGACUAUAGUGCCAGACAGGGAGCUGUCCAAGUUCAAGAUGUAUGUAAAUCCCACCGACUUGAGGAGAGCCUCCAUCAACAUCCUUCUUGCCAUGCUGCCGCUGCCGCAUCACUUUGGCAACAUCAAGUCGGAGGUGCUUUUGGAGGGGAAGUUCAACGAGGAGGAUGGGUGGCCCCACGACCAACCUGUGUCUUUCUUAUCCCUGAGGCUUCGCCUUGUCAAUGUCCUCAUAGGAGCGCUGCAGACGGAGACUGACCCCACCAACACGCAGCUCAUCCUAGGUGCAAUGCUAAAUAUUGUUCAAGACUCGGCCUUGUUGGAGUCCAUAGGUGCACAAACAGAAACGGGCAGUAUAGAUGGGAGCCACGUGACGCUGAGGAGUCACAGCCACAGUCGCACCAACAGUGGCAUCAGCUUCACCAGCGGAGGCAGCACAGAGGCCACCAGUCCGGACUCUGAGCGUCCGGCUCAGGCUUUGCUCCGAGACUAUGAUACUGCUGCUGGCCUGCUGGUGCGCAGCAUCCACCUGGUCACACAAAGGCUCAACUCCCAGUGGAGGCAAGACAUGAGCAUUUCACUGGCUGCCCUGGAGCUGUUAGCUGGGCUUGCGAAGGUCAAGGUGGGAGUAGAUUCUGCAGACCGUAAGCGAGCUGUCAGCUCCAUCUGUGGCUACAUUGUGUACCAGUGUAGCCGUCCAGCUCCUUUACAAUCCAGGGACCUGCACUCGAUGAUUGUAGCUGCCUUUCAGUUUCUCUGCGUGUGGCUCACAGAGCACCCUGACAUGUUGGAUGAGAAGGAUUGUUUGGUAGAAGUGCUGGAGAUAGUGGAACUUGGCAUCUCUGGCAGCAAAUCCCGCCAGGAACAGGAAGUUCGUCAUAAAUCUGAGAAGGAGCACAAUCCAGCUUCAAUGAGGGUGAAAGACGCUGCCGAGGCGACUCUGUCCUGUAUCAUGCAGGUGUUGGGGGCCUUCCCCUCUCCCAGUGGGCCUGCCUCCACCUGCAGCCUGCUGAAUGAGGACACCCUGAUCCGCUAUGCCAGACUCAGUGCUACAAGGGCCAGUAAUUUCCGCUACUUUGUCCUUGACAACUCUGUCAUCCUUGCAAUGCUGGAGCAACCUCUUGGCAACGAGCAGAAUCCUAGCCCAUCAGUCACAGUUUUGAUCAGAGGCACAGCUGGGAGACAUGCCUGGACCAUGCAGCUCUUCCAUCAACCCAGAGGAGCUCGGGCCAACCAGAGGAUGUUCGUUCCAGAGGGCCGUCCCGCACCCAACAAUGACGUGGGCAUCAGAUAUAAUGUCAAGCAAAGACCCUUCCCCGAGGAGGUGGAUAAGAUCCCUCUGGUGAAAGCUGAUGUCAGUAUUCCUGACCUGGAUGACAUUGUCAGUAAGGAGCUGGAAAUCCAGCACGACAAGCUUCGUGUUCUAAUAACCAAGCAGAUCGACUAUGAGAAUGCCUUGGAGCGACACAGCGAUGAAAUCUGGAAGUCUAAGCCUUUCCCAGACCCACGGACAGACUGCAAACCCCCGCCACCCUCCCAGGAGUUCCAGACAGCACGCCUCUUCCUAUCCCACUUCGGGUUUCUGUCUCUGGAGGCACUUAAGGAACCUAACAACAGCCGUCUACCUCCUCAUCUGAUUGGCCUGGACUCGUCCUUGCCAGGAUUUUUUGACGACAUCAGCUACCUGGACCUGCUUCCCUGCAGGCCCUUUGACACCGUCUUUAUUUUCUAUGUGCGGGCGGGACAGAAAAGCAGCCCUGAGAUCUUGAGGAAUGUGGAGUCCUCAGCCAGCGUCCAGCCCCACUUUUUGGAGUUCCUCCUGUCCCUGGGUUGGCCUGUGGACGUUGGGCGCCACCCAGGCUGGACAGGACACUUGGAUACCAGCUGGUCCCUGAAUUCCUGCUCUGACAACAGUGAUCUGCAACAAGGAGAGGAACUGGCCUCUCCCGACGACACGGGUGGUUCCGUUUUCAAUGGAGAGAAGAAAGUUUUGUACUACGCCGAUGCUCUGACUGAGAUUGCCUUCGUCGUUCCGUCUCUUAUGGAAAAUUCUGAGGAGUCAUCGGUGCACAGCGACUCCACAGUGGAGGCAGACACCAACACAGACCUCAUGCCUGGUAUGCUUAAACAACCCAAUCUUACACUGGAACUGUUCCCCAGCCACUCCGAGAACAUGGAGUCUGCCAAAAAGCUGAGUCCCUUGGUGAAGACGAAGAGGUCGUCGACAGGAAAAUCUUACCCCCAACUGGGCCCCGAGACGAAGGUGUUUGUGGUUUGGGUGGAACGCUUCGACGAUAUCGAGAACUUCCCCUUGUCUGAUCUCUUGGCGGAAACCAGCACUGGUUUGGAGGCUAGCAUGAGCAACAGCACUUCCUGCAGGUCGGGGUUACUAGAAAAGGACGUGCCUCUGAUCUUCAUCCACCCUCUGAAGACGGGACUGUUCCGGAUCCGGCUGCAUGGAGCUACGGGCAAGUUCGGCAUGGUGAUUCCCCUGGUGGACGGGAUGGUGGUCAGCCGCAGAGCUUUAGGGUUCCUCGUGCGUCAAACCGUCAUCAACCUGUGCCGAAGGAAGCGGCUGGAAAGUGAAUUGUACAACCCUCCUCAUGUGAGGCGGAAACAGAAAAUAACCGAUAUCGUCCAGCGAUACCGCAACAAGCAACUGGAGCCUGAGUUUUACACCUCGCUCUUCCACGAGGUGGGGGAAGGAAAGCCUCACCUCUAACCCCCCACCCCGCGUCCUGUCCUAACACUGGCUCACAAGCGCACGCACACACACACACACUCUUAUUCUCUACAUAUAUACCAUUUACAACUGUGCUUGCACACUCAUACCCACACAGAAUCUUUAUAUUUAUACUGUACUAUUUUGUUAUUUAUAUGAAUACAUUAUAUCAACACUGUUUGCCUUUGACUCUGAGAUCAAAGUGUCAAAAACCAUGCCAAGGUGGGGUGGGGGGGGUGACUGCAGUUCUGUGUUGCAGCUGCUGACUGGAGAUCUGAACAGUGACUGUCUCUCCUGGUUUAGGUUCACGCUUUGUGGACAAAGAGUUCCCGCUUGUCUUUAAUGCAAUACAUUAGUGACACUGUUGGCCUUUCUGAACUUGUUAAGAAAAA